UUCACGCUGUACUCAAAAGCUCUGACCCCAGAGGAGUCUGGCUGGACUUAACUUACAGCACGUUCUUCUGAUCAACAAUCAAUGCAAGACGCUUGAGACGCUGCAAGUCCAUCAUGGGGCACCUGAAGCAUGCUGCUCUCUCAAGCUCCGACCCCAGAGGAGUCUGGCUGGACUGCGGCGAUGGAGUCCGCUGCCGCGUCGAGGUGCGGAGCCCCUGGGUAGUCAGAGUGCUCUUUGUGCAAGGAGGCACUUUGCGACAGCCGACAACAUGGAUGGUCCUUGGAGAAGCUGGAGAAGAUGGAUUACAACGAGCUGGGGUGCAAUCAGAGGGGGUUGGAAUAGCUUCACAUGAGGCUGGAUCAGGAGGAGUGCAUUCGCAUCAGCUUGAGCACCAGGUUGGGAUUGAGAGUGUGAAGCAGCAGGAGCAGGGGGAGUUCGCAGUGGCUGAUGUCCCCUGGGGUGGUCGCCCAAGGCUGCAGCUCAUGCCAAUGCAGGGGCCACCUCUCUACGAGAUGGAGGAGUCACGUGAUGUGAUUAUACUCCACACGUCUGCCAUCAGGCUGACUGUCACACUCAGCCCUUUGUGUCUCAGCUGGUCCUUACGCGACGGCAAAGCUUCGGACGCCCCUUUCGCUGCGGACAGGGCGAGCCACCCCUACUUCUUCGGACGCAAGUCCAACCACGUGAAGCACUACAUGGAGAGAAACAGAGGCGACUUCUACUGUGGUCUGGGGGACAAAACCGGUCCCCUGAACCUGCACGGACGACGGCUUCGGUGUGACAUGACUGACGCUUUGGGAUAUGAUCCCAAGUCGGGCGACCCGCUCUACAAGAACUGGCCCUUCCUGCUCACAAAGGACGCCACCACAGGCAUUUCCUACGGCGUUUUCUAUGACAACACCGCGGCGUCUUCCUUCGACCUGGGCUGCGAGCACAGCAACUACUACGGGCUUUACCGCGGGUACGAGGCGACCGAUGGCGACCUGGACUACUACUUCAUCCUCGGCCCCAGGCUUGCUGACGUCACCCGCCGCUUUGCUGACCUCACCGGCAAGAUGGCGUUCGGGCCGCGCUGGUCCCUCGGCUAUGCGGCCACGGCCAUGCCCCUCGCGGACGCCCCGGACGCCCAGGUGCAGAUCGGACGCUUUCUGGACGAGUGCACCGCCAACCGCAUCCCAUGCAGCGCCUUCCACUUUGGGUCCGGAUACACGAGCAUCGGGCCGCGCCGCUACGUGUUCAACUGGAACCGGGACAAGUUCCCGGACCCUAAGGCGCUCAUCCAACGGUUCAAAGCCGCCGGCCUGCGCGUGGUGGCCAACCUAAAGCCGUGCCUGCUGAACGACCACCCCCGGUACGCGGACGCGGAAUUUGCCGGCGCGUUCGUCCGGAACGCCGAAACCGGACGUCCGAGCACGAGCCAGUUCUGGGACGGCGAGGGCGCGCACCUGGAUUUCCUAAUCGCCGCCGCGGUUAAGUGGUGGCAGACCGGGUUAAGGGAGGCAAUCCUCGAGUACGGAAUCGACAGCGCCUGGAACGAUAACAAUGAGUAUGAGCUGUGGGACGAGGAAGCGGAGUGCGGGGGGCCGGGGUUACGGACGGAGGGUUUGGGGGGAACGCAGGGUUUAGCUCAGGGUUUGGCCCAGGGUUUGGCUCAGGGUUCGGCUCAGGAAUUCCAACAAGGUUUGGCGGCUUCAGGGCCGGGGAAAGGGGCGGGAAACUUGCGGGCUGUGACAGGCGAGGAACGGUCGGACGGUCUGGCCUGCGGUGCGGAGACUUCGCAGGUCGCGAGCAGUAUCAACGACUCAGAAGCCGCGACUCCUGCGUCUUUUGCCACAGAGGACGGUGGGUCAGUAAAGAUUGGACACGUGGCAGCAGGCCGUUCGGUCCCGAUCGCGCUGGCGCGCCCCGUGCUGGCGCUGCUGAUGACACGCGCGUCGUACGAGGAGCAGGUGCGAUUCCAGCCGGAGGAGCGGCCGUACACAAUAACUAGAGCGGGAUGCCCAGGAGUACAGCGCUACGGGCAGACGUGGAGCGGGGACAACACCACCAGUUGGGACCACCUCCGUUGGAAUGUCCGCACCGGCCUCCAGAUGUCCCUCAGCGGCAUGUUCAACAUCGGGCAUGACGUCGGCGGUUUCGCGGGGGAUCCCCCUGACCCUGAGCUCCUGGUGCGCUGGGUCCAAAUGGGCGCCCUCCACCCCCGCUGCGUAACCAACAGCUGGAAGGCCGACGGGACCGUUACCACGCCCUGGAUGCACCCGGGCGUUACUGCGCACGCCCGCUCGGCGCUCCGCCUGCGCUACCGCCUGAUGCCGUAUACGUAUACGCUGUACUGGCACGCAGCCACGGAGAACGAGCCGAUCCUACGGCCGACGUUCGUCGAGUUCGAGGACGAUGAGAGGACGUUUGACGAUUGCGACGAGAUGAUGCUCGGAGGGGCGAUUCUUGCGGCGCCGGUCGUCGAGCGAGGCGCGACGACGCGCAGAGUGUACUUGCCGAGAUCUGGGCCCGGAGGCAACGGACCGGAAUCCGGCGACGGAACUCCGGCUUCAGCCUCGUCGCUCGGUUGGUACGACUUCUACAGCGAGGAGUGGUAUGAGGGGGGCCAAGUGGUGACGUUGGAUGCGCCUCUGGAAAAGCUGCCGUUGCUAGUUGCCGAGGGGAGCAUGGUGCCGAUGACGGCAGAAGCGGACGAUUUUGGACGGCUGCACGACGAGCCGUCCCGGUGCGUCCGGGUGUUUCCUUUCCAGGGGGUGGGGAAAGCCACCGGGCAGCUGUAUGAGGACGACGGUUUGGGGUGGGGCUUCCGAAAGGGGGCGUAUCGUUUGCUCACGUAUGAGAUGGAGACAAAUAAGGAGGAGGUCAGGAUCACGGUUGCCAGCGAGGGUAGCUACAAGCUCCCGUACAAUGAGAUCGUCUUUGCCAUGCCGGCGGGUGAGAAGAGGCCGCUCAAGUUGAGUGCCAGAGUUGAGAGCGGUCUGCGGCUUAUACCGGGAAGUUUCCAGUGGCAUGAGUAGCUUGCACAGGUCAGCGGGGCCGCAGAGAGUUUUGCCGGCAAUGUAUAACAUGCUGAAUGCCUGAGCGGAAGUGUUAGUGCUUGCAAAGGACAACUUCACUGAAAGCUAUUUUGACCUGAGUGUUCGCCUUGAAGCAUUGGUGACUUAUUUGCUUGUGUAACGCAUGCAGCAUGGCAGACACAGCUUCCUUAGUCUUCUGGCGCUUUCA